AAGGAAGAAAGGAAAAGGCACAUGCCUUCACAGCUCUGCCUUUCUCUGCCCUGCUCUGCCGCAUUUGGGCUCCACCUCCCCCACCAUCUGUACUUUCUUUCCCCUCACAACCCCCUUACCUGAAACAGAUUGUUCCAUUUAACCCUUUGUUCUUUCUCUCCGCCGCCAUCUCAUCUUCUGUUCCAUUCCCCAAUCUCUGACACAGGCCCCAUCUCUCCCCCUUACCCCACCAUUUUUCAAAUUCUUUCUCUGUUUCGCCACAUAAUUGCAGUUUCCUUCGCUUUUGUUUCAAGGAGUUCUUGUGCCUUGUGGGUUCCUCUGGAUUCCUCUUUCUUGCAUUGCAUGUGAAUCCCUUCUCUGUUCUGUUCUGUUCUGUUCUGUUCUGCUUUCAUCUGUAUUUUUUCGUCUGCGAUUCCUAUUUUCCAGCUUCUUCAAUCGUGCUUGCGUUUACAAAAAAGGAUUCUGGGUGCAUCGAUCUUGGUAUUCAUUUCAAUCAAGUUUUGAAUCAGAAACUUGAUGGAAGACGAUUAACUCGAUUUGAGGCUCGGGAUGAUCUCUCCAGCCUUGAUUUGUUUGUGCUGGAGUAGCAAAAGCACAUGGUCUCUGUUUGAUUCCCUGCAGGGCACUCAUCGAUUGUAACUCUAAAUGGAGGUAUCAUCGAAUGGUAAACGCUCGAUUCAUUGCCUUCGCUAUCUCAAUUCCAGAAUUUGCAAAUGCAUAGCCAUAUUACUUGUUCUUCUGAUUGUUAGAGCUAUUUUCUUCCCAUCCACGUUGAGUUUUGGCUGGACUGAUGAUAAUGGCUUAGUACUCAUCCGAAAUCUCUCUCCAUUUUAUGGUUCAAAUUUUGGAAUUCGCAUAGACAAGUUCUUGGAGGUUCCUCAGAUUGUUUGGGGUUUAAACAAUCAAAAGAUAGCAUUUGCAAGAGCUUGUUUAACUGCAAGAAUGUUGAACCGAACCCUUUUGAUGCCUAGUCUUAGUGCUUCCCUUUUCUAUAAGGAAGUUGAGCGUUUGGAACCAAUUUCCUUUGAUAAGAUCUUCAAGUUUAAUGAGUUCAAUUCUCGCUGUAAUGGGUUUGUUCGAUUGGGUCGUUAUAUGGAUGUUUCGAAUCGAGCAAAAACGAUAGAACUGCCUAAAGGAAGCGGAAGGAAGUGGACGAUCGAGAGGGAUUUCGAGCAAUUAAAGGAGUAUAGUAAGGAGCCAUUUGAUCAAUCUGAGGUGAUUAGAAUAGUUGGUAAGAAUCCAUUCUUAUGGCACGAUCACUGGCCCGUAAAGGACUACGCACGGGUUUUCGAGUGCUUGGUUUUGGUCGACGAGAUAGCGAACGAAGCGGAUAAAGUGAUUUCCAGGAUUAGAGAAGUAGGAUCAGAAGAAGUAACUGGUGCUAAAUCUGCAAAGUUGCUGCCAUAUGUUGCAGUCCACAUGAGAAUAGAGAUAGAUUGGAUGAUUCACUGCAAGAAGUUAGAGCAGAGAUACAAUAUGAACCAGAUUUGCAGUAGCAAGGAGGAGAUAAUGAGUAGAGUAGGGAACAUUUCAGGAACGAACACACCGACGGUCGUUUAUCUCGCCGUUGCAGAUAGUUUACUGAACGAUUCUUCGAUUUUGGACGGUUGGAAAGAAGGGUUACUACCAUUUGAAAAGAAGAAGCUAGGCAUUGAUAAGAUCUACGAGAAGUAUCCUUACCUGAUACGGUCGGCGAUCGACUACGAAGUUUGCUCGAGGGCCGACGUGUUCGUUGGGAACAGUUUCUCUACGUUUUCGAGUCUUGUAGUUCUCGGGAGAACGCAGAAGCUGAUGAAAGCGGGGGUUGCGGUUGGAGAGCUAUGCAGUAGAAGUGUAAUGUGGCCUUCUUAUGCAUAUAACAUAUUGGGAGAUUCAAAGGGCAGGCCUCAGAAAUGGGUAGCUAAUAUGUCUGAUAUAAGCCUGCAGAAGAUUAGCUAUGGUUCCAAUGAUACCUCGUGUCGAUAGUUGCUUAGUCGAUGACCCGAGAUUUGCUGGGUUUCAUUCUUUUCUGUUGAUAUUAUUCAUUAAAUACAUAAUUGAUUUGUGCUGUUGAUUCAUAUGGAAGAAAUGCAUUAUGUUACACUGUUUA